UUUUAAAUUAAAUAAACAAUAAAAAUUCAAUAUUUCAAUUUUUGUGUGAAGAAAAAAAAAAUUACAAGAUGAGAUUUUAUCACAUCGCGUUAUUCGUAGUUGGAGUAUCAUCUGCUUGGGCAGACGUUGGAGAGCAAUACAGAAGAGGUCGCAUUGACGCUUAUGUGUUUGCCUUGCCCGGAGCUGAAGAUUCAAGUAGUCUCCUAAACAGUGCGAAUGGUGUGUCGUCGCUACCAGUUUACGGCAUGGGACAUCUUGGCGGCGCACGUGACAGUCGACUUAUACAAAUUGCCGUAAUACCGACGCCGGAAAAACAACGUGCCGCGAUACGGGGACGCUCGAUUGCCGACUUGAAUGGCUUCGUGGAACACCAAAGACCGGGUGCGACGCCGACUUCACGCAAACAAAACUACCAAUCGGAACCCCUGAACCUCAAUGAUAAAGAUUUAAUUUUAUUUCCAGACCAGUUUGCGCGUUUGCAGCAACUUGGUGCUGCCAAAGACAGUUAUGGCAAUCCCGUGACGCCGUUUCCGUUGAGUAAUGACGAGUUGAAACUUCGUGCGGGCAAUUAUAAGGUCGAUAAACAUGGAUUUGUGAUUCCCAGUUAUGCGGAUGGCAUUACCGACAUUCAUGAUCCACAUUUGCCACGAUUGAAGAAACCAAAUUCGGAUCUUUUGCCGCCUGUGGGAAGUAAUGACAACAUUUAUUAUCCGGGAGUGAGGGCACAAGAGCCAAAAACAGCCCCGCCAACGGAUUCAACAGCCGAACAAUCGUCAGAUUUGUUGCAACCGCCAACGUUGCCGGUAAUUCCCGAUGUCGGAAGUCAACAAAACCCGUCUUUCAUUGAAAUUCCAAGUGAUUCUCUCUUGCCGCCUUUGGAAACGAACGAAUUUGAGUCGAGAUACAAUCAACCUGUCGACAUCAACAUCGUGCCACAAGAAAAAAACGAGCCUCAACCUGAAGUUUUUAUUGUUCCUUUCAAUCCAGCACCUUCCGCGCAACCAGCUAUCAAACCCACAUCUGCCACAGUCCAAAAAUACACCGGCGGUUUCGGCUUUUCCAACCCCUCGAACACGAUUCUCGCCCAAGCUGUUGACGAAAACAACAAAUACACGGGUGGAUUUAUCGUGACGUCGAAUCAACAAGCCCCGACACAAGUGCCUCAGUUAUCAACGUCCUUGCAAACGCCUCAUUUGACGACCAGCAGUGGUAAUAAAUACACCGGAGGCUUCCUCACGAACCAACAAGCGCCAACAGUUCCAUCGCCGAUUCCAUCGAGACCCGCAGCGGAUCGUUUUACGGGAAGUUUUGGACCAACUGCGAGUCUUCCGUUGCAAACAACUGCUUCAACGGGCAAUAAAUAUACCGGGGGAUUCGGUUAUGCUCACGUUCAACCGUCACAACAACCACUUGUCGCGGCGCCAACUCAACAAGUGACGAUACAGCAAGGGCAGUACAAGCAAGAGACGCCAUCGCAAGUCGUUGUGCAGAAAUAUACGGGAGGAUUUGGAGGUCCGCCGGGAUUGUUGGUGCCUUUUGAUCACAUUCAUACUUAUUCCAGAUUAGACACUGAGCAACAAUAAAACGAGCCUGAAAGGACAGUGAUAGUAUUACUUUUUAAUAAUUUUUAAGUCGUUUCUAAUUUAACAAUUUUACUUUGGCCAUUUAACAUCAAAAUUUAGACAUUAGAACGUACUUUCUUGUGAGAUAAAUAUUUAAUU